AUGUCUUCUCGUCAACCCCCGAAUUUGAAGUCCUCAUAUACUGCUGAGCGGCGUCCUGCCGCUUCUAACUAUCCAUCCUCCUCGCGACCCCGCGUUCCUUCCGCAAGCAUGGGAGAGAAUGAGCGCCGGAGCUCAACAGCCUCGCACGCGAGGAAGCAAUCUGCCACUAACACGGUAGGUGAAAGUCGAAUAGAGCGGAAAGAAGUGCGGGAGCGGGAGACGGAAAUUCGAAGGACGCGCAGCCCAUUGAAGCAUUCGUCAGAAAGCAGGGUCAAUGCAAGAAGUCGCGCCGAGAAGCCUGCACGACAGGCGGAAAGGGCGUCUACCACCGCCGCGACUGCGCGAAAACCCCCCGAAGAACGCCCAACAUCAUGGGAACCCCAAGCUACACUUGUCCCUCACACUACCGCACCCCUUGCGACGCGCAUCUCGAUCCCUCCUCUUGCCUCGACCGCUCCUGGCUCAGUACAACCAAGACCGCUAAAUCAAUUGUCACUCGAAACACAGGAGAUGGUCAUAAUCGAGGACUUGCUAUUCGUCUUCAUGGGAUUUGAAGGCCAGUACAUCCGCUUUGCUGAUUCAUACAAUCCACGCGAGGAGAAAGAGCGGCUCGUUGGACCUCAAUUCCGCAUCCUUCCUGGCUUGGAUCCUAGCUUGCGAGAUCUGACGUUGUCCAUGUUGAAAAUGGCCACUCAUUACAUUGCCGUAGAAACGUGCGUUGAGGUGCUGAGUAGGGAAGAAUAUGGCGCCGUCAAUCAUGCUCUGUGUGCGGCUGUGCGGCGGCUCCUGAAGGAGUAUCUGACUCUAAUGGCGCAAUUGGAGCACCAGAUGUUGACGAAUACGUCCUUCACCCUGCACGUUCUCAAUCUUCAUACUAAACAAACGAGCCAUAUGCUAUUCCAGCUGUACACUACCGGGAUUGAGUUACUAAAGGCAAACGGAAUUUUAGAAGACGAAGACUCGGAGGACUCAGCUGACGAUACAAAUAACAUCGAAGGCAUCCUGGAGUCGCUACGAGAAGGUGGCAAUGUCCAGCUUACCAGCAAAAAGAUUUGCAAAGGUGGAAGCGUUCUUGGUCUCGUCACAAGACGGCUCUCCUCGAUGUCUGGUGAUCCUGCAGCUCGAUCCCUGCUUACAACUCUCUUACGCGAAGCGAGCAGACCAUACAUGUCCAUGCUUAAUGAGUGGCUACAUCACGGUGGAAUUAAAGACCCACAUGCAGAAUUUCUUAUCAAAGAGCAGAGGAGUAUCAAGAGGGAGAGGCUGGACCAAGACUACACGGACGAAUAUUGGGAGAAGCGUUACACAAUCCGAGACGCUCUUGUCCCUCCACAACUUGACGGUGUGAAAGAUAAGGUGCUUCUUGCUGGCAAAUAUCUCAACGUCGUGCGCGAAUGCGGCGGUGUAGACGUUAGUAAAGUCGUCCAAGACGUCCCUACAAGUUUUGACGACCCCCGAUUCCUGGACAACGUCAAUUCCGCAUACGCAUAUGCAAACUCUUCCCUUUUCAACCUUCUCUUAACAACACACGCACUCCCCGCGAGAUUAAGAUCUCUAAAGCAUUAUUUCUUCCUCGACCGCUCCGACUUCUUCUCCUACUUCCUUGAAUUGGGCGCAUCCGAGCUCAAGAAACCAGCACGGAACGUCAACAGCGGAAAGCUGCAAUCUCUGCUAGAUAUUGUUUUACGACAGCCUGGCUCGGUCGCCGCCGAGGAUCCGUACAAAGAGGACGUCAAAGUGCAGAUCAAUGAAACAGGCCUGACGAAUUGGCUCAUGAAGAUUGUCAAUGUCACCGGUUUGGACCAAGAUGCUGCUGAAAAGGGGUCAAUAUCAAAUUAUCUGACCCCCGCAACCACGGCUACAGUGACGGACGACACCAAUAUCACAGGCUUCCAGGCAUUGGUCUUUGAUUAUGCUAUGCCAUUCCCUCUUUCAUUAGUUGUGAGCAGGGUCACCUUGACACGGUAUCAAUUGCUGUUCAGAUAUCUACUCAGUCUACGGCAUCUGGAAACGAGUCUUGUAGAAUGCUGGGGCGAACAGGGUAAGCAUGAAGCAUGGAAACACCGCUCCAAAAACCCUCGCAUCGAGCUUUGGAAACGAAAAGCAUGGACUCUAAGAGCACGUAUGCUUGUGUUUGUACAGCAGUUGCUCUACUACUGCACCGCGGAAGUCAUCGAGCCGAAUUGGGUAUCGCUGAUGUCUCGCUUGAAAGAAGAAGGGAAGGGCAAAGAAAAGGAUGAAGGUGGUGGUGAGACGCCGCAUGUUAAGAGAACCGUGGAUGAACUUAUGCAGGAUCAUGUUGAUUUUCUGGCGACGUGCUUAAAGGAGUGCAUGUUGACCAAUUCGAAGCUAUUGCGGAUCAACAACAAAAUAAUGUCCACCUGCACUAUGUUCGCCGUCUUCACUACCUCACUCUCCCGAUAUCUCAUCACCGCAGACCCGGACCUUUGCGCCCCCGCAAACACCUCCACCUCAGCAUCUGCAUCCACCGCCUCUAAACCUCUGCAAACCUCUCACCGCCACUCCAAAUCCCAGUCGCAACAGUUCGUAUACGAUCCCCAGCGCGUAGACAAAAUGUUCGAUAUUCUAAAUAAGUAUGAGGAGAACUUUGCCAGACAUUUGAAGAUUUUGCUAGAUACGUUGAACUACCUUGCGGCGACGGAGACGGUGGUGUUUUUGAGUUUGUGUGCGAGGUUGAGCUCAGCGGGUGAGGGGGGAAUUAUUGUGGGCGGUGGGGUUGGAGAGGGGUUUGGUAGUUAGUGGUGUCUAGGUUUUCCACUUUGGAAGGGUGGUUGAGG